AUGGCUGGAAAGCCAACUCAGGAACUCGGUGGCGGCACCAUCCUGGCGGGACACCGUAGAAGAGGCAAGGGCCCCAAGGAGCAUCUGGUUGGCCGCGGCCAGACCCCGCUGUCGGCACCGGCGAGGCGCGCGAUUGAACGCGACGGGGAGGAGAUGAAUCCCCCAGACAGACCGGAGACUUCCAAGCACGCAACACAACUCCAACCCCCGACGACCAAGACGACACCUCCCGCAGCGCAACUGACGCAAACAACCGCGGCACAGCGCGAACAGGCGGAGAACGGAGAUCUGCAAUCGCGUGAAGGCGGCAGCGGCGGUAGCGGUGGAGCGCCAUCGUGA